CGCUCCUGCCUGGUCCGCUGUCGCCGUGGCCGCGGCCGCCGGCUCUGCCGCUGGGCGCCAGCAGGCUCCGUGGAGAAGAGCCGAGGACCGGCCGGCCUGCCGACAGCCUCGCCCGCGGAGGGCGCAGCCCGGGGCCGGGGGCAUGAGCCGCCCCGCGGCCGCCCCGCCGCCGCCGCCCGCUCGGGGCUAGAGGCGGCCUCGGGAGGCGCGCGGCGCCGGAGACAUGUCCAGGAGGAAACAGAGCAACCCCCGGCAGAUCAAGCGUUCCCUCGGAGACAUGGAGACCUCAGAGGAAACCCAGGCCAUGGACACCAGCCUCACAGAACAUGACACCACACAGCCAGAGCCCUCGGGCCUGGGUGAGCCCCAGCCUCCAAGCCCCCCCAGAGCAGACGCAGCUCUGUCCCCACCACCAGCGCCCCCCACGUCCCCAGGAGCCCCCAAGGAGGAGAUGGAGGGGCCCGAGCCAGAGGCCACAUCCCCGACAGAGAGCAGCAACUCCUGGACAGGGCCAGAUGAACUGGAGUCAGUGCUGUGCAGUGGGCAGCAGCAGGUGCGGGCCCGGGAUGGCCUCACCCGAGGCCUGGCCUGGGGUCCGUUCCAGGGGAGCAUCAAAGCCAUGGCCUCGUCCCCCAGGCAGGCAGAGCUGGACCGAGCCCUGCCCCUACUGGUGGUGGACGAGACCUGCUGGCUAAAGAUGCUGCCCCAAGCCCUGACACAGGCUGAAGCCAACUGUGAGAUCUCCAGGAAGGAUGAAGGCCUCUGGUGCCGGGUCACCAAGCCAGUGCCUGUGGGCGGACUCCUGAGUGUGUUCCUGGUGGACGAGCCCGGCAGUGUACCCAGCGAGCCUGUGAAGGAGCCGGCAGAGCCCACAUGCCCAGCCCCUGCCAACAGCGACAUCCGGCUGCUGCCCCAGCAGGCAGGCAUGGCGUCCAUCCUCGCCACGGCGGUGGUCAAUAAGGACGUCUUCCCCUGCAAGGACUGUGGCAUCUGGUACCGGAGCGAACGCAACUUGCAGGCCCACCUGCUCUACUACUGCGCCAGCCGCCAGGGCAGUGGCUCCCCGGCCACGGCUGCCGCCGAGAAGCCCAAAGAGCCGUACCCCAAUGAGCGCAUCUGCCCCUUCCCGCAGUGCCGCAAGAGCUGCCCCAGUGCCAGCUCGCUGGAGAUCCACCUGCGCAGCCACAGCGGAGAGCGUCCUUUUGUGUGCCUCAUCUGCCUGUCGGCCUUCACCACCAAAGCCAACUGCGAGCGCCACCUCAAGGUGCACACGGACUCCCUGAGCGGUGUGUGUCACAGCUGCGGCUUCAUCUCCACCACGAGGGACAUCCUGUACAGCCAUCUGGUGACCAGCCACAUGGUGUGCCAGCCGGGUUCCAAGGGGGAGGUCUACCUGCCUGGGGGAGGCCACGCAGGGAUGGACCGGAAGGCUCUGGUGGAGGCCACCAAUGGAGAAGCCAAGGGGGAGCCGCAGAACGGGGGCAGUGAGCCCCCAGCGGUCCCCAAGACCAUCAAGCCAGAGGCCGCUGAGGAGCCCGAGGCAGCCCAGGAGCCCGAGGCAGUGCGCGCCCCCGGGGAGCCUGCAACCCAGACCCCAUCACGGACACCGUCCCCGCCCAGCCCUGCCCCGGCCCGAGUGAAGGCUGAGCUGUCCAGCCCCACGCCCGGCUCCAGCCCGGUGCCCAGCGAGCUGGGCCUGGCCGGGGCACUCUUCCUGCCACAGUACGUGCUGGGGCCAGAUGCGGGGGCGCCCCCCGGCCCCACGGCCCCGCAGGCCUCGGAGAUCUUGGCUAAGAUGUCUGAGCUGGUGCACGGGCGACUGCAGACGGGGGCGGCGGGGGCGGCGGCCCUGCUGGCGGGCACACCCAAGGGCGCCACGUGCUUUGAGUGCGACAUCACCUUCAACAGCCUCAGCAACUUCCUAGUGCACAAGCGCCUGUACUGCUCCGGCCGCCGCGCGCCCGAGGAACCCCCGGCGGGGCGCAGGCCCAAGGCGCCUCCCAUGGCGCCCCCCGAGCCCGAUGCGCCGCGCUCCCCGCCUGGCCCCGGGGCGCGCGAGGACGAGGCAGGCGGUGCCGCCACGCCCGAGGCCGACACAGCCGGCCGGGGCAGCGAGGGCAGCCAGAGCCCGGGCAGCUCGGUGGACGAGGCGGACGACGACCCCAGCCGCACACUGUGCGAGGCCUGCAACAUCCGCUUCAGCCGCCACGAGACCUACACGGUGCACAAGCGCUACUACUGCGCCUCGCGCCACGACCCGCCGCCGCGCCGACCGCCCGCGCCCCCCGCCGCCCCCGCGCGCACGCGCCGGCGCCGCAAGCUGCACGAGCUGCAGGCGCCCGGGGGCCCUGAGCCCGAGCCGCCCGCCUCGCCGCCCGCGCCCGCCGCCGACGGCCCCAUCGACCUGAGCAAGAAGCCGCGACGCCGGUCCCCGGACGCGCCCGCGCCCGGUCUGUCCGCGCUGGCCGACUACCACGAGUGCACCGCCUGCCGCGUGAGCUUCCACAGCCUGGACGCCUACCUGGCACACAAGCAGUACUCCUGUCCCGCGCCGCGGCCCGCGCCCGAGCCACCCUCCGUCGCCUGCCCCUACUGCCCCCCAAACGGCCUCGGCCGGGACGACCUCAUCGAGCACUUCCGCCUGGCGCACGGGCUGCUGGUGGGCAAGCCCGCGGCCGGCCUGGGGCCCGAAGCCCGGACGCCGGCCCACCGCGGCCCCCAGGACGGCCCCGAGCCCCGCGCGGCCAGCAGCAGCCCCCGGCCGGCCGCGCCGCUGUCCCCCGGCGCGCCCCCGGCCCCCGCGGACAAGGGCGCCGCGCCGCCCGUGCCCAAUGGCAACCCCCGCUACUGCCGCUUGUGUAACAUCCGGUUCAGCAGCCUGUCCACCUUCAUAGCACACAAGAAGUACUACUGCUCCUCGCACGCCGCCGAGCAUGUGAAGUGACCCCGUGCGGCUGCCACGUCCACAGGAGUGCGUGCAGCGAGGCGGCU